AAUCACAGACGCAGAAACAUUGUGACGUGUUUCCAGCAGCUUCCGGGCUGGCAUCAGUGCCCCGGUAAUUCACAGAUUUACGUUUUUUUAUUCGUUUUAUUACAUACGCACAGUUGUGAUUAUUAACGAAACUCCAGUCUUGAUGGUUUGUGUAAAUAUUGUACCAGAGCUGUGAUUAGAAGGAUAAAUAAACCGGAGCCCUCCCCGCAGCGACACAGGCGUAGCGGCUGAGAAAAGAGGUUGCUUCGCCUCCCAAAGACAUCCUCCCCCUCCAAACGAGCACCGUAGGCAGCAGAUUAGCGAGCGGCUCGGGCCGUCGUUGACUUCAUCCUUGAAGAUGAAGUUGAAGGAGGAUAUAAACCCGCUGCUCCUGCAGGUUUUCCGCUCCGUAGUCUGGGUCUACUCCAUCAUCACCUUCAUACCGUGGUACUUCUUCUCUGGGGCUGGCACCAAUUUGGAACGAGCCCGCCGGAUAAAGGCGCGCUCGAUCAGCGGACACCCAGCGGGGCCGUACCGAGCCACUAAUUGCCAGGAGAAGUUGGUAAUAUGGGUGAACCCUGGAGUGGAUACACUGGACAAAAUGUUUGAGUUCGCUGCUAGGAGGUUUCCAAAGAGGGACUGUCUGGGCACCAGGGAGGUACUUAGUGAGGAGGAUGAACCCCAACCAAAUGGAAAAGUGUUUAAAAAGGUGAUUCUUGGGAAGUAUAACUGGCUCUCAUAUGAGGAAGCCUACCACGCAGCCAAGUGUUUCGGCAGUGGUCUGGCUGCCCUCAACCAGAAGCCUUUCUGUAACAUCGCCAUCAUCUGUGAGACCCGAGCGGAGUGGGUCGUGGCAGCACAAGCCUGCUUCAUGUACAAUUUCCCACUUGUAACGCUGUACGCCACUCUUGGACCUAAGGCCGUAGCUCAUGGCCUGAAUGAGACCGAAGUCACACACAUCAUCACAAGCAAAGACCUGCUUCAGGGCCGCCUUAAGGCAAUCCUGUGCGAAGUCCCAAGGCUUCAGUUCAUCAUCGUUGUGGACAACAAGCCCAUAAACCGGUCCGACAUUCCCAAAGGCAUCACGAUCCACAGCAUGGACGCUGUGAAGGAGAUGGGGUGCAGGCCUGAUAAUCUUGCAGUCGAGCGCAGACAACCAGCGCCGUCGGACAUCGCCGUCAUCAUGUACACCAGCGGCUCCACAGGCAUUCCCAAGGGUGUCAUGAUCUCUCAUGGUAACAUCAUUGCCGCCAUUGCAGGCAUGGCUGAGCGAAUCCCAAACCUCAAUGAGACAGACACCUACAUCGGCUACCUACCACUAGCUCAUGUUUUGGAGCUCAGUGCUGAACUGGUUUGCAUCUCUCAUGGAUGUCGCAUCGGUUAUUCCUCACCUCAGACCCUUGCUGAUCAGUCUUCUAAGAUCAAGAAGGGCAGCAAAGGCGAUACCAGUGUGCUGAAACCUACUCUAAUGGCUUCUGUACCAGAGAUCAUGGACCGAAUCUACAAAAAUGUAGUGACCAAAGUGGAGGAGAUGAGCAAGCUCCAGAAAACACUUUUUGUGUUGGCUUACAACUACAAGAUUGAGCAGAUUUCCAAAGGCUACAGUACUCCUCUCUGUGACAGUCUGGUUUUCAAACGAGUGCGGGCUCUCCUGGGAGGUAACAUGCGGGUGCUGCUUUCUGGCGGAGCGCCGCUGUCGGCUGCAACGCAACGCUUCAUGAACGUCUGCAUGUGUUGCCCCGUGGGGCAGGGCUACGGCCUGACGGAGACUUGUGGAGCUGGCACCAUCAGCGAGUUUUGGGACUACAGCACAGGACGGGUCGGUGCUCCGUUGGUUUGCUCUGAGAUCAUGCUAAAGGACUGGGAGGAGGGUGGUUACUACAGCACAGACACACCAAACCCUCGUGGAGAAAUUCUGAUUGGUGGACCCAAUGUAACGAUGGGUUACUACAAAAGUAACGGCAAGAACCACGAAGACUUUUUUGUGGACGCGAACGGCCAGAGGUGGUUCUGCACUGGAGACAUCGGAGAAUUCCACCCAGAUGGAUGCCUCAAGAUUAUUGACCGUAAGAAAGACCUGGUGAAGCUGCAGGCAGGCGAGUACGUCUCUCUGGGAAAAGUGGAAGCUGUUCUGAAGAACUGCUCUCUUGUAGACAACAUCUGUGCCUAUGCCAACAGCGACCAGUCCUAUGUGAUCAGCUUUGUGGUGCCCAACCACAAACAACUAAUGGCACUGGCGGAGAAGAUGCAGAUCAAGGGCUCGUGGGAAGAAAUCUGCAACAAUCUCCAGAUAGAGACAGAGGCGCUCCGUGUCAUCACCGAGGCUGCAAUUUCAGGCAAACUGGAGCGAUUCGAGAUUCCCAGGAAGAUCCGUCUGAGUGCAGAAGCAUGGACACCAGAGACGGGGCUGGUCACCGACGCAUUCAAACUCAAACGCAAGGAACUCAAGACACACUAUCAGGAAGACAUUGAGAGGAUGUACGGGGGCAAAUAACACACACACACAUGCACACACACGCUCCAAAUAACACAAAUACACCUGAACACUUAACCAGGACUGUUUUAUGUUGUGAUACAGAUAACACACAUUAUUUCAGACACACAAAGAUACUUCCAUCUCCUCCUCCGCUUCUCUGUAAGCUCCUCAGUUACCAGCUUUGAUCAAAGAAGGGAGCAGAAACAGUCUGGAAUCAAGUUUUAAUUCAUUCUGUUAAGAUCCAGAGGCAGAAAGGACCUCCACAGCAGAAAACUGAGCCAGCGACGCAGUGUCCACUUUGAUGCAUUUAGCCCUUUGGGUUGCCAUGACUACCGACGUGGCACAUGAAGUUUGCAUGAUUCAAAGUGGGAGGAAUGUUAGGAUAAACCAAACGUCAGUGCAGCAUCUCUGCUUCCCUCCCAGCUCUUUGGAACAUUCCACCUUAACAGCUCGGCCGUGGUGCACAUAUCUGUCAGGGAACGGUGGGUAACGUGAGCCUCUCGGCUCUGAAAAGCUCCCAGGUUGGAAAUUGUGCAGGGAUCUCUGUGAUUUUCCUUUUUUUCUAUUUUUACGUGCAUUUUCAGGUUUUCCUUUGAUUCGUCAGCAGCUGAAAUCUUUUCUGCUUGAUGAUUCAGCGUCGCAAAGCCAUGAGAGAUUUAGCAUUUUAAACGUGUUUUCUUACUGUUACUCUUUAUUCCAUAGAGGUUUCUUUUCUUGUGGAUGCCUAUUUUGUAUUUUCUGUUUUUAUUGUACUGUUGAGCUGUGUUUACAUCUUUUUUUUUUUACAGUCGUGUGUUCCCUUUUGUACUCUAGUGAGCCAAAGUUAGCUCAUUCGAGUUGCAUGUUUACUUAGUCUUCAUUUUCUGGGGUCAAAGAUGAGCGACGAAAAGGCUUUGCUACCAAUUGUGUGUUGUUUAUCGACACACACAAGCCCUGCCACACCUGUCCUGUGUUCCUGCUGUCAUGACCAAUGCACCACAUGGAUGUUUCCAAGGGAACUUAUUCAAAUGUAGGAGAAAAGGUUAGAAUAGUUAGGAUAACUAACCAUAGAUUUAGUUGCUGUUACGUUGCUGUUAUGAAUAUGAAAUAUAAAGUGAAUGUGCAAUAUUUAUAUUCAGAUUUUAAGUAAACAGGAAACUAAAGCACAAAGACAACAGCCCUUCUUUGUGGUGUAUUUAUCAGCUUUUACUCUUAAGUGACCAAUGAUAGAGCUAUAGAAAUCAUCAUAAAGACAAAUUGAUGGUAGAAACACUGGCAGUGAAGCUUAGAAGUAGCCUCUUGUACGGUGCAGAAAAUGGAAAUUAAAAUUGAAUUUGUAGGAAAUGCACGUGGAAAGGUGUGGAAAUGUACCAAAGCACCUAAAUGUGAGUAAAAAUCACUCCGUUUGAGCAACAGAAGCAAUUAUUUAUGAACACACUCCAGGUUUGAGCACAUAGGAUACAUGUGGGAGUAAUGUUUCUAUGAAUUAAGACUGAAUUGUGUGUAUGAUAACUGUAUGUAUAUAAAAUACUGUAUCAUAGGAUUCUGUAAGCUGCCAUUCAUUCAUUUGAAGUGUAAAGCAUCUUUUGAAUAGGCGAUUCAUCACAGCAUCAGAUGCUCUUCCUUCAGUAUUUAUGUAGGAACGGACUGGAGAUUGUUUGGUCAUCAGUGCACUUCUUGUAAAAAGUUGAUUUUUUUUACGGUACUCUAAACACAGCGAUGAUAAAGGUACAGUUAGGUCUCCUAACGCUCGUCACAUUUCUACUUCCUUUAGCUUGUUGAAUAAAACCAUUAAAGCAGGAACUCAUCCCAUUCUUCCUGUUAUACAUUCCAGUUCAACGUCAUUUGCUUGCUGCUUACUUCUCUGCCUGGAUAGAGGCGGCUUGUUGCCUUCUGACAAAUAUAAGAUUUCUUCAGGGGUCUUGAGAAUGUGAAGCAUUCUGUAGAUAUCACACACACGGGAGAGAAAGCAGAAGGUGGUAAACAAACGUCUGUUUUCAUUUGUAAAAAAAAGGAUUUUUGAGGUUGAUUAUCAAAUCUGAAUGGAAACUACUAACUGUACAUCUGUAAAGCCUCUUAAUGUAUUUAAUAAACUUUGUUUUCAAUCAUU